AGAUGUAUUGUGGAAAAGGAGGGACUUCAUUUAACAUAAUUUCCGUUGUAUUCUUCGCUUGAAAGUCAGUGACGAUUGACGGGAGUGCAUUAGCUUAGUGGCUGUUGAUGGACCAUCCCUAUGAAAACACAAAGCUACAAUGGGACAGAAUACCUCAGAACAAGAGGACCAAGAAGAGCCCUUCUCGGAGAGAUUUGAAAACCUCAAGACGUUUGUGGAGGAAGAGCUACAGACGAGCAUGAUGGUGGGAAUAGUUAUUGGCGCUGGUGUUGCCAUAGUCCUCAUCGCCAUCCUCAUCUUCUUCAUCUUGCGGAGGAUGCGGCUCCGAAACAUAGAGGUCCAGGAGGCACCGAAGUACCGCUUCCGCAAGAGAGACAAAGUCAUGUUCUACGGACGAAAGAUUAUGCGGAAAGUUUCCCAGUCUACCUCUUCGCUGGUGGGGGCUUCCUCCUCUUCUUCUCGUCCACGCCUAAAGAAGAAGCAGAAAAUGCUCAACAUUGCCAAAAAGAUCCUGCGCUUCAAGAAGGAGGUGCCCAUCCUGCAGGCGAAGGAGCCCCCUCCCUCGGUGCUGGAGGCAGAUCUCACUGAAUUUGACGUGGCCAACUCCCACCUCCCGUCCGAGGUGCUCUACAUGCUCAAAAACGUCCGGGUUUUGGGUCACUUUGAGAAGCCGCUCUUCCUGGAGCUGUGCAAGCACAUGGUGUUUCUGCAGUUCCAGCAGGGGGAGCACAUCUUCAGGCCAGGACAGCCUGACAGCAGCAUCUACGUGGUUCAGGACGGGAAGCUAGAACUGUGCCUUACAGGGGUGGAUGGCAAAGAGAGUGUGGUCAAGGAGGUUUUUGCAGGAGACAGUGUUCACAGCCUCCUCAGCAUUCUGGAUGUCAUCACAGGCCAUCAGAAGCCUUACAAAACGGUGUCGGCUCGAGCUGCAGAGGUCACCACUGUUCUCCGUUUGCCCGUCGAGGCCUUCCUCACCAUCUUUGAGAAGUAUCCCGAGAGUCUGGUGCGCGUAGUUCAGAUUAUCAUGGUGCGCCUCCAGAGGGUGACAGUCCUGGCCCUGCACAACUACCUGGGGCUGACCAACGAGCUGUUCAGCCAUGAAAUGCUUCCUUCCCGUCUCCCGCCGACGUCUCCUCACGCGCCGCGCACCAGCCCCAUCCGCCACGGGAAGCGAUUCGGCAGCCUGAGCAUUUCAGAGGAGCACCGGGAAGCUGCCGUUAAAAGUGAAGCUUCAGGGGCGGACCAAGGAAAAGAAGGAGGUCCCCCAAAUCUCAGCAGGACCAUUUCCAUGCCAGUGGACAUCUCUGGUAUUCAGAAAAGUGUGAAGUCAGAUUUUGACAUGGCGUUCGAACGAGGACGGAUUUCUGUAUCUGCAGAAGACGGCAACACACCUCCAACCUUCAGUCGGUCCGUUUCCCACGAACAGCGUGAGAGGAAAGUGACGGUGGAUGAAGUUCCAUCAGGGAUCUAUUUGUAUCCUGAGGAGGAAUCGGGCGUGGACAACAUCUUCACACCGUCGUCCAGUCGGUGCAACGCUUCGCUCUUUGAGGAAGCUCAAAAAGAAAUUCUCAAAAUCAUGCAAAUAGAGGAUCCAGCUUUGUUAAGCGGGAAAGCGACUUUGCACUACGCAAAAGCCGGAGCCGUUUUAGCGAGACAGGGAGACCAGGAUGUGAGUCUGCACUUCGUCCUGUCUGGUUGCCUGCAUGUUUACCAGCGAAUGAUCGACAAACAGGAGGCCGUCUGCUUGUUUGUGACCCACCCAGGAGAGAUGGUAGGCCAGCUCGCGGUGCUCACCGGAGAGCCCCUUAUCUUUUCCAUUAAGGCUGUCCGAGACUGUACUUACCUGAAGAUCUCAAAGUCAGAUUUCUAUGAGAUUAUGAAGGAACAGCCCAAUGUGGUGCUGAGUGUGGCCCACACUGUGGCCAUUCGAAUGUCGGCUUUCGUCAGGCAGAUGGACUUUGCGAUCGACUGGAUGGCCGUUGAAGCGGGCAGAGCCCUCUACAGACAAGACGACCAGUCGGACUGCACCUACAUCAUCCUGAACGGACGUCUGCGAUCGGUCAUCCGGAAGGCGAACGGCAAGAAGGAGUUGGUGGGGGAAUACGGCAGAGGAGACCUCAUUGGUGUCGUGGAGGCGCUGACCAAGCAGCCCAGAGCCACCACCGUGCACGCCGUGAGGGACACGGAGCUGGUCAAGCUGCCAGAGGGAACGCUCAACAACAUCAAGAGACGAUACCCGCAGGUUGUGACGAGGUUGAUCCACUUGUUGGGACAGAAGAUUCUGGGGAACCUGCAGCAGGGUCGGGGGCCGUUCCCAGGUUCGGCGCUGAAUUUGCCAAGUAUGACGAAAAGUGCGGAUGUCACCAACCCCACUAGUAACCUCUCCACUGUGGCUGUGCUUCCUGUGGGUGACGAAGUGCCAAUAAGCGCCUUUAACUUGGAGCUCAGCCACGCCCUCAGUGCCAUCGGCCCCACUCUGCUUCUCACCAGUGACAUCAUCAGGGAGCGGCUGGGAGCGUCUGCUCUGGACAGCAUCUACGAGUACCGUCUUUCUGGCUGGCUGGCCCAGCAGGAGGACAUCAAUCGAAUCGUCCUGUACCAGACGGACAGCAGCAUGACGCCGUGGACGCAGCGCUGCAUCCGGCAGGCUGACUGCAUCCUGAUAGUGGGCGUGGGGGAUCAGGAGCCCGCUCUGGGGGAGUUGGAGCAGAUGCUGGAAAACACGGCCGUCCGCGCGCUGAAGAAGCUCAUCCUGCUGCACAGAGAAGACGGACCCGGUCCGUCCAGAACCGUGGAGUGGCUCAACAUGCGUAGCUGGUGCUCAGGUCAUCUCCACCUGAAGUGUCCCCGCCGGGUCUUCUCCAGACGCAGCCCCACUAAACUGAGGGAAGUUUAUGAGAAGGUGUUUCAGAAAACGGCGGACAGACACAGCGAUUUCUCUCGGCUGGCCCGAGUUCUCACUGGAAACAGCAUCGCGCUCGUGCUGGGUGGAGGCGGAGCCAGAGGCUGCUCACAUGUGGGGGUGAUUAAAGCCAUGGAAGAAGCCGGGAUUCCCAUCGACAUCGUGGGCGGCACGUCCAUCGGCUCGUUCAUCGGAGCGCUGUAUGCCGAGGAAAGGACCGCCGUUCGGACCAAACAGAGAGCCAGAGAAUGGUCCAAGUCGAUGAAUUCAGUAUUUAAAACAGUCCUGGACCUCACCUAUCCCAUCACCUCCAUGUUCUCCGGUUCGGCCUUCAACACCAGCAUCUAUAAUGUGUUUGAGGACAAGCAAAUUGAGGACCUGUGGCUCCCAUACUUCAACGUCACCACGGACAUCACGGCGUCAGCCAUGCGCGUCCAUCAGGACGGUUGCGUCUGGCGCUAUGUUAGAGCCAGCGCCUCCUACACCCCCUAUUUACCUCCCCUGUGCGACCCCAAGGAUGGCCACUUGCUUGUGGAUGGUUGCUAUGUUAACAAUGUCCCAGGCUCUCUGUGGCGCUAUGUACGGGCUAGCAUGACCCUCUCGGGGUACCUGCCGCCUCUCUGCGACCCCAAAGACGGCAACUUGCUAAUGGACGGUGGCUACAUCAACAACCUGCCAGCGGACAUUGCGAGAAACGUGGGCACCAGGACGGUCAUCGCCAUCGAUGUGGGCAGCCAGGACGAAACGGACCUCUGUAACUACGGUGACAGCCUGUCCGGCUGGUGGCUGCUCUGGAAGCGGAUCAAUCCCUGGGCAGAAAAAGUUAAGGUGCCGGACAUGGCGGAGAUCCAGUCACGCUUGGCAUACGUGUCCUGUGUCCGGCAGCUAGAGGUGGUAAAGAAAAGUGCCUACUGCGAGUACAUCAGACCGCCCAUCGACCGCUUCAAGACCAUGGACUUUGGCAAGUUUGAUGAGAUCUAUGAGAUCGGUUAUCAGCACGCCAAGAUGCUGUUCACCGGCUGGGCGCGGGGCGACAUCAUCAAGAACAUGCUGAGGGAUCACCGCUCAGCUGACUACAACGGCAGCAAGAGGACAGACAUCGACACGUGUCCCGGGGCUGACUUCACAGAUCUUGCGGAGAUCGUGUCCAGGAUAGAGCCGGUGCAAAGCUACGUGGCUACAGAAGCGGAGGAGUCAGACUAUCUGACGGAGUACGAGGAAGAUGGGAUGGACCCUGUGAGAGAGGAAGAGGGGGAUGAGGAAGAGCAUGAGGAAGCUGAGGACCACUCCCCAGAAGAGUGGGGACAGAACGGGGUUUUCCAGACUGAUGAGGAUAAAUCUGUGAGGCAACGGCGGAAACCUGCCAGCGACUCGAACGCUUCAGACUGCUGACAGAAGGCCCUGGACAAGCAGAGGACAAAAUGGAGGGUCAGACGACCGAGGGGCCAUAAACUCUUGACUUAAGACUUGAAAUGUGGAUGCCACACUCAACAUCUGAAAUUUCUGCAACGUCGGAGCAAUGGUCUUUUUUUUUAGGGAGUUUUCUUUGUUUUUCUUCUUGACCACCUUCAAGAACCAGUUUUGUUCUUAUUGUCUCAUUUGCUUUAAUCUCUGCGGUCCUAAAUGUAAGCAGUUUCUCCUCUUACAGACACUAACCUGAACUCAAUUUAUACCACUAGACAAGCUCUCUAAAUUUGACUUUUACAGUUAAUAAUUUCUAGAAAAAUGUUUGAUUUGGCAAAGCAUCUCUCCAUUGAGGGUUUGUCUUAUUUCACGGUCCUCAUUUGCUUUUGCGCGUUCGCUUGUGUGCGUUUUACUCGUGCCAUGGUAAUUUUUAUUUCAGAUUGGAAAAGCUUCAAUUAGCUUGUUACCAAGACAGCGCUAGGAAAGCACCCUGUUGGACAGGCAAAGUGUAAAGGUAAAUAUAUAACAAUCAGGUAGGGUUUAUGGUGAAUAAAAUAAAGCAGCAUUUUAUUUCACAAGAAAAACAAAACACAACUUGUGUAUUUUGAAUUCAGCAGAGCAAGGUGAACUAACGGUGCUUUUUCUAUUCUAGAUCCGUUGUGGGGAAGGGAUCAGAACAGACAAAAGCGACUAGAUUCUGAGCGAUCAUUUGUAGGAGUCAGUAACUGUUUCAUUUUAGAGAUCAUGUCAGAAUGCGUUAAAGCCUUUUUAACCACACUUCACGGCGGUCAGUGAACACGACUGCGGCACAUUUGUUGGACUCGCUUCACUACACAAACAAACGUGUUGGUUCUGUUUGCACAAUGUCUGCACUCAGGGUUUCUGCAUAUAACUUGACGUUCACGGGGAAAAAGGUAAAAAAAAAAAAACUGGGUUUUUUUUUUUUUACCUUUUUGUUUGUGUUUUUUUCCAGCUUGAUUCUCCAAUCGGGUGCACACACACACACACACAAAAAAAAAAUCCCCAAAUCUACUGUAAAUUCUUAUUUGGGAACGAAAAAUACGCAGAAAUCCCGAGUCAUCUCAGCGAUACUUCUGUUAGAAACUGUAACAAGGUUAUAACAUGUUUAAUAACGUCAGUAUUCAUACAUGUACAUAGAAGGGAUUUUGUAAGUUGAUGCUUUGCUGCAUAAUAGGGAACCUAAACCAAAAAUAAUAAGUUGUUCUCUAAACAUCUCUUCUGUUUGUUUCAGCCUUUGCUGGUCUGUUUUGUUUUUUUAUUAAUUAUAUUUAUUUUUUAAUUUAUGCGUCUACCAUUGGCGUUGCGAUUUAACGAAAGGCAGUCAAUUGUUGUUUUAAUUAACAUGGCUACAGCUUUUUUGCACUGAAAUGUCUGAUGUGCUCUUUGCUAGGACAAGGAUUACAAAGAGGUUGUAAUUUAUGAUGCAUAUUGGGAAAUAAACAUAACAUUUACCCUGA